AGGAAGAGCUCCUCAAGACCCAGCAGAGGUUCAAGGCUAUGGACAGGAAGCAGUCGGGUACCAUCACUUUUGAGCAGUAUAUGCAGGCUGGUCUGUGGUUUACAGGAGAUGAAAAUAUAAAAGUUCCGGAAAGUCCUUCAGAACCCUUGCCAUUCAAUAGGCAGGAACAUCUUAUAAAGUUUUUUUUUAGGCUCUUUGCUGACUAUGACAGGGAUCCCCCCAGGCUGGACUACACCCGGAUGCUGCUGUAUUUUGCUUGCCAUCCGGACGCCGUGGAAGGGGUCUACAGGGCGCUCAGUGUGGCCAUUGGAGCUCACGUCUUCCAACCAGUGAAAACUUCAGUUAGUAUCAUAGAGAAGCCCUCGUUUCCCUAUUUGAAUACGAUUGAGGAGUAUCCUGAGCAGGAAGAAGAUUCUGUAAGUGAGAAAAGAGAAACAAAAGAGGAAAGCAAAGAAAAAGAAGAAAGUCCUGAAAAUGCAAACACUGAAAAGAUUUCCAUGGAAACGCUACUCAAGGUGUUCCAAGGAAGAAAUGAAGCGCAGGACUCUAGCAGGUUCUCCAGGCACUUGAUGACAGAGAGCACUUAUUUCAAGAACUUCAUAAAAGUAUUUCAGGACUUAGGUGCCAAGGAGCUGGAGCCAAUUAAAGUUGCUGCUCUGUUGAAACAUCCUUUUAUUCAAGACCUGAUUUCAAGUUAUCCAGACUAUAAAAUUCCUGAUAUUAAACUAAUUCUGCAAAGAAAUGAGCAUGUACAAGGAAGUGAUGGAGAAAGCUCUCCUUCAAGACUCACAGAGGAAAGAAAUGAAGAAAGGAAG